GAAGGCCCCGCUCCCGCUGCCCAACCUCUGUCGAUGAGUCACUUUUCCAAAGGGCGUCGACUGUUGGCACUUUGAAGGACCGUCAGCCUGUAAGAUUUCUGUGGUAUGUCACAUUGGAUGGUAGGCAGUGGACGAAGGGGCAGAGUUGUCUGUCAUGUACGGUGAUUUAUUUAGGCUGGACCCGCCCGCUUCGAUGACGCUCGGUAUCCACUCUAGUUUCCUGUGCUUCUCACCUUUCCCAACAAUCAUCUUGCCGUAUCUACUUCCCACGAAUGCUCCACUGCUGUUAUUGUUUGUUUUGACACAAUUCUCGCCUCCAUCAUGGCCGACGUUCAGUCCCAAAACAAGCCCGCGGUCGUCUGCGUGUUCUGCGGCUCCGUAGCCGGAAACAACCCAGCCCACAUGGAAACGGCCCGAUCACUAGCCCAUGAAUUCCACAAGAACAACGUCCAGCUCGUCUACGGCGGCGGCACAUCGGGGCUGAUGGGCGAACUCGCCCGCACCCUCGUCACGCUUUCCGGCCCCAAAGCCGUGCACGGCGUGAUUCCGCGCGCCCUCGUGAAAGUCGAACCAGGCUACGAGAACGGCUCCUCAAACGGAGGAAAGCAGCCCCCCGCCUCGACAUCGUGGAACACCGAAGGCGGCAAGACGGCCGAACGCAUCAUCCGGGACCCGGAAGUGCUAGGCGAAUCGGACUUCGGGACGACGACCGUCGUGCCGGACAUGCACACGCGGAAGCGCCUCAUGGCCGCUAAGGUGCAGGAGGGCGGGCCCGGGUCCGGGUUCGUGGCGCUGGCGGGCGGCUUCGGGACUAUCGAGGAGGUCAUGGAGAUGACGACGUGGAAUCAGCUGGGGAUUCACCAUUUGGGGGUUGUGCUGUUGAAUGUGAACGGGUACUGGGAUGGGCUGUUGGUGUGGGUGCGCAAGGCUGUGGAAGAGGGAUACAUUAGUCCUGCUAAUGGCCAUAUUCUCGUUGAAGCGAAGGAUGUUGCGGAUGUUUGGCCGCGAUUGGUGGAGUAUAAGGUUAGCAGUGCGAGGAUGAAGCUGAACUGGGGGGAGGAAUGA